AUGUUCGCCACUCACACGCUCACCUGUUUCCUUGACGACUUGGACAAUGGAACUCCGACAUCUGGCAUGUUGACAUCCGUCUCAACUCAAGAGAAUCUCCCAGAUACCAUGUCUGACCCGUCAUCUGCAGGACUCGCAGCAUCAAGCGACAGCGCGGCAACCGCCAACGUCGACCCGACCGCCACCACUGUGUUCGACGUCGAUGGCGACCCUAGCACCUUCCCUCGCGUCAUCAAAGUGUACCUUGCACUGCUGGCUACUCCGCCACCCGAAUCGGACGAUCCCACCUCCCGUUAUCGACUUCCCCCACCAUUGAAAGAAGACAGCGCCUCUUUCAGCGCCCUCGUAAACAAGGGUCUGGCGCACAUGAAGGAGAAGCGUUCCCGUGGAGAAGGUCUAAACAAGCGUCUGAGUUGCCGCCCGUUGAUGCCGUUCCUUCCGAACGACCUGCCUCAGGACGAUCUGGAGGCAAUGUCCGAUGAACGGCACCUGAUGGGUGGACCGGCGCAUGCCAUCUACACUCCGUUCGUGCAUGCGCCCGAGUCUGUCUUUCACUCUGUGGUCGAAUGGCUAUACGGCUCAAUGUGGCCGCCCCGCAUCGCGUUUGGACUGCCCCCCGACGAUAUCGACGAGGACGGCGCCAUCGUGCAGCUCGACAUGGAUGCCGAUUAUACCGAUGAGGAUAUCUUAGCUUCCAUCGGGAACAUGAUGCUGAGGAAUAUCAACUUCUGCCGCACCAUGAGCGCGAGCUCGAGGGAGAAGCACCGCGAAUACUUGCCGGAGUGGGUGCAGGACAACGAGCUCUUUGCAAACUACCAGAGGAGGACUGGAUUCUCACCUCCUAAGUAA